AUGAUCGGGAAGGUGGUCGUUUCGGGUGUAUCCUUUAUUCUCGUCGUCGGUGUAGCUCUUGCCGUCGUUGCAGUCGUUAACAAGAGAAAUGACACGGCAGCUGAGAUGCAGACUCUGUCCCCAAAGAUGAAGGCAGUCGCAGGCAUUUGUUCGGGAACUGAUUAUCCAAAGGAAUGCCAAUCUACUCUUUCCACAACUGCACAAAAUUCCACUUCUGAUGAUCCUAAACAAUAUCUUAAAGCGGCCAUUGUUGCCACUAUUGAAGAGAUUACAAAAGGCUUGAAUUUAACAGAUACCCUUCGAGUGGAGGCUGCUGAUAAUACCACCAUCCAAAUGUCUGUUGAUGAUUGCAAGGACUUAUUGCAGUCUGCUAUUGACUCGCUUCAUGCAUCUCAGUCCACUGUUGGGGACCCUGAUAUGCACACUGAUGCAGACCGUGUCGGUGAUGUUAAGACAUGGCUCAGCGCUGUCAUUUCUUUUCAGCAAUCUUGUCUCGAUGGGCUGGAGGAAACUGAUCCCGAUCUCAGACAGAAGAUGCAAGGCGAGCUUGAUUCUGCUGGCAAGCUUACCAGCAAUGCUCUUGCUAUCCUCGAUGAAGUUGUGGGGAUAUUGGAGAAGCUUGGCUUGCAAUUGAAGGUUCAACCAAGUGGGCGUAGGCUUCUUGGGACGACAGAAGUAGGAAGCGAUGGGUUCCCGACAUGGUUGGUGGGGGAAGACAGGAAGCUGCUGGCAGCUAGAGGAGGCGCCGGGCGAGUGAAGCCCAACGCCGUGGUUGCUAAGGAUGGUAGUGGGCAGUUCAAGACCAUUGCCGCUGCAUUGGCUGCAUACCCAAAGGUUCUAACCGGAAGAUAUGUGAUCUAUGUGAAAGCAGGGGUGUAUGAUGAGUACAUCAUUGUGACUAAAAACAUGGAGAACAUUUUCAUGUAUGGAGAUGGCCCUAGAUCAACUAUUGUCACUGGCCGUAAGAGCAACCGCGAUGGCGUUACCACCCAAGACAGUGCCUCCUUCUCGGCCAUAGGAAAGGGAUUCCUCUGCAAAUCCAUGGGAUUCAGCAACACAGCCGGCCCCGAAGGCCACCAGGCCGUAGCCCUAAGAGUCCAAUCCGACAAGUCCGCGUUCUUCAACUGCAGAAUGGACGGGCACCAAGACACCCUGUACGUUCAAGCCAACCGUCAAUUCUACAGGAACUGCGUGAUCUCUGGCACCGUGGACUUCAUCUUCGGCGAUUCGAACACCAUAAUCCAAAACUCGUUGAUCAUCGUCCGGCGACCGAUGGACAACCAAAAGAACACAGUGACCGCCAACGGACGUGCGGACAAUCGCCAGAACACGGGUCUGGUGAUCCACAACUGCAGGAUCGUGCCAGAGCAGAAGCUGUUCGCGGAUAGGUUCAAGAUCCCGACAUUCUUGGGUAGGCCAUGGAAGCAAUACGCAAGAACGGUGAUCAUGGAGUCGACAUUGGGGGAUUUGAUUCAGCCGGAGGGAUACAUGCCGUGGGCUGGAAAUUUCGCAUUGGACACUUGCUUGUAUUUGGAGUAUGGAAACAGAGGACCUGGAGCGAUGACGAACAGGAGAGUGAAAUGGAAGGGCGUGAGAGUGAUAGGAAGGAACGAAGCCAUGCAGUUCACUGCUGGGCCGUUCCUUCAGGGAAAUACUUGGCUUCAGGGGACAGGUGGGCCGUUCUUCGUGGGAUUGAAGAACUGAGAACAACUUGUCGUGAUUUGAUUCCAUUCGAUUUGAUUCCAUUCUUGGGAAUUUGUUUGGGGCCCUGUGUCUGUGCAUUGUGGUUUGAUUUCGUUAUUUGUUAUAUA